AUGGUGAAGAAACUCAGAUGGGGUUGCUCCUAUUCGUGCGUUACUGUUGGGUUCGGACAGAUAUGGCGCCUCUCAAAUGGUCUUCUGGAUGCAGAAUGGAGCAUUACACAACUGAUAGCUCAUCUUCCAGUGGCUGUUUUUACUGUUUUAGAGCUGGAUCUCGAAAUAGAGGGGCAUGCUUUUGGACCAAUGAUGUUAUGUCUGCUUCGGACUCAACCAAUUAUGCAAAGACUUAAGGUGGUCCUAAAACGUGACAAGGUACGAGUGCCGUGCCCAGUAAAUUGUCCUUGUGAACAUCCUAUCAACUGGAGAAGUGAAGAUGUCUCUUUGUCUAAUCUUGAAGUCGUUGAAAUUCAUGGCCUGCAAGGUGAAGAUGAUGAAGUUGAUUUCCUAAAAGGCAUACUCCGAUGUGUAACAGUGCUUCGGAGAUUGACAAUGACUAUUUCUGAUGACAUCUCACCAAGUAACAAUGGCUACGAGAAGAUCUGCAGCAUUAUGAAGGAGUAUCCUGAUGUGGAAUGCCAUAUUAUGGCAUCCGUUUCUGAGGGGUUCUUUAUCCAUGAAUAG